ACGCUAAUCCACAUGCGCAGCAUAGCACACACACUACCAUCGUAAACUGCACUUUUCAUGUUUGUGUCUCGCUGCUGCAGCUGGUGGCAGUGUUUUACCUGAUUUUCGCAAGUCCACACCACUAAUUUCGGAACCAUCCUUGGCAACGGCUUUUAUUGUUCGUUCGUGUAACGUCCUCGUUGCUAGGACGGUCGUGUGUUGUCGAUACAGUCUCCCGGCGCACCUAUCGAUUUGUGUGUACGUUGCGUUCGUGGCGGUUCCGGUUCUAAGAAAGUGAAGGGCAAGGGACCUGCCGCUGUGGGUGGGGUACCUGCGGUGUAGUUUGAAAUGGCGAUGGUAAUGCGGAAAAUGGUUCCAGAUCUGUUGGCUGAAAAGUUACAGCGUUUACUGGAUCGUGACGUUGUGUUGGACGCGAAAGAGCGAAGGGAACGGGCGAACGAUUUCUUCAAAGCCCGCAACGCUACGGAGGUGACCAACCUGAUGGGACUCAUCUUGGAAUGGCAACCGCUCAAGGAUGCCAACGCGGAUAAUAUCGCCAAAAUGCUUCUGUUCGACGAGGCUGACUGCAAGAAGUAUCUGCAACCGGUAGUGGCCCGUAUGCGAUCGUCCUUGUUCAACUGUUUACCGAUGAUGAUGGUAACCGAGAAGAACGGUGCCGAGUUUACUUGGUUGGUGCGAGCCUAUUGCAGCGCUGAGCAACAGAUCGAUUACAUCGAUAUGUCCUUGCGACGUUACGAAUCGUUCGAGCAGUUUUUGGCUUCCAACAGACUGCCUGCUUGCAAACUAUAUUAUCCACGACAGGGAAUAGUGCAGUACGACAAGGAGGGCCGGCUACUGGUCGACUGUCGCACGAUCAAACCGGAAUCGCAGCUGUUGCGAGAUUUCGCUACGGCGGCUUCGGUCGGUGCUUUAGGGCUCACCCUGACACCACUGAUACCGGCCGCUGUUGCUGUAAUGGCCGCUGGCAUGACUAUCCCGUCGCUCGGGUUCGCGAUCAGCGAUUUUGUGGAUGGUGUGAAGCACGAGAAAACCUCGAUCGUCUUCAAGCGAGCGACAUUGCUGACCGUUAAUGUGAUGUCGUUCGCCCAGGUUGGCCUUUUUGCGGGCUGCAAGGUGGCCAGACUGCGCGGCCUGCUGUCAGCCGAUAAGCUCAAGCUCCUCGAAACGACCGAAAAGAUCGUCAGAAAUAUCAACAAGUUCGUUUCACCGAUGGCGAUAGGCAUUUGCACACUGCUGGUAUCACGGAGCGAUUGGGACCGGUUAAGCAACCAGGACAAGCUGAUGCUGGCGGCGAACCUGUGUCUGGCGUACCGCGAGCUUGUAAGCCUCGACACGGCGCAGAGGCUCAUCCGGUUGUGCAAUUUGAAAGGGUUGGUACAAUUCUACCAAACUAGCAGCCCGAACCUUAAAAUUGGUAACAAUCAACUGUGCAGUAUGAUCGAACCGUUCGUGGAACCCAUGAUGCGGUUCAUGAUGGAUUGUGUUAAAAAAAACAUCUUGAUUACCACGGACGACCACUUCACGACGAUAACAGUCUUCAACUACAAACUGUCCAUUCCCACACUGUUCAGCCUCGACCAAUCGCUGCUGUUGGAGCUGAAUGAUCAGCUGCACGUUGGUUACAUGGCCGCGCAACAUACGAUCAAAUCGGUGAAAGAAUGUAUGGGAACCACGAACCUGCUAAGCCGCCCCGGCUUGCUGGCAGCAGUGGUACACUCAGUACUUGAUUUAUGCAAAGUGCUGGUAUCACUGCCAAAUGCGGCCAUAAAGCUAGGCAAUGCGAUAAAGUUCGGCAAGGGACAUGAGUUCACACAGGAAACUUUACUGGCAUGGUGGAAUGCACCAACUCACGACAGGAGGAUCCCACUGCGGGCCCUUCUGCAACUCGAUGGCGAUCAAACGAUGCAGCUGAAUCAACUACGCUCGAGUGGACGACUGAAGGACAAGGAUUUGAUCCAUUGUUUGGCCGUGUCAUCAAAUGAGCAUAAAUCGAAUGAACAUCUCCUUGCAGCCCUCCUGGAUGUAGCCAAACGUAUGCCAAAGCUGGCGAUCGUUUUCGAUGAUCAACAACGCAUCGUCAUAAGCGAGUUGCUAGCAAUUGACGGGUCGGAAUACAAUGCUGUGCCUAGCAGGUAUCGCGAUGUGCUGCUGCACGAUCACCGGUUCUUACAGUUGUGCCGUGAUGCAUCCACUGAUGAAAGCCUACACAUGCUUAAGCUUGGAAGAGAAGUCUGGGUACGCACGUGUUCCUAUAAGAAUCCGCAGUUUGAAACAAUCGAACUGAUGAGCUCUCUGUUUGAGGCUGGUCGGCUACCACUCACCUUAGCCCAGGCAUUGGACUACACCAUAACGAGCACGACGGACAACACUGUAACCGUAGCCAAGGUGUACUACGGUACACUGUUCGCCUGCCAGAAGCUCAACUGGACCGGUAACACGGAAGCCAGUGACGAACAACUGGCCACACUCCGAGCAGGGUUCGCCGAGCUGGUCAACCAAGUCCAGUCCAAGUAUCGGAUGGCCUGCUUUAAGCUUCUGUCGGUUCCGGAGAAGACAUCGGACGGAGGCCUAUCGGACGAAAGCGUGAUUGCAUUGGCCCGAACGUUGCUCUCAAGCCCGGACGAAGAUCCAUCUCCUUACUAUCGGAAUCCGGCCCCCUCUGUACCGUUCGGUCCAGCGGAGAGAGCUGCCCUGUGGUUACACUUCGUACCAGCCCUUCGUCAUCCUGACGCUCGACAGCAAAUCCUUACCACUAUUACCGAUCUACUGGCUAACGGCGAGGCUCGGCUAAUGGUUGAUGAGAGGAAUGGUACGGUGCGCCGUGACACGGAUGGUGCUUACAUGGUUAUGUUUUACCGAAAUGCCGUGAGAGUCAUGGUCGAGCUUAUACCGCACGAGAACUCUGGAAUGCGUGGUUCGAUCUAUCUUUGCAGCACCAAGGCAAUGUUCGUCAAGUGGAACCCAAAACCUGCGCCAGCCGCGCCAGAACCGGGCACAUAGCGCAUUGCCGACCAGUUAGGAUGCUGCUACUGGAACUGCAGUGUAGUAAGGUAGCUGAAGGUCUAGAGAAGGCAUGUUUAAAAGAUGAUUUAGCAGAAUAAAUUGACAUUUUACAAAUAAAAAUGCAGUAUCGAUUGUUUUGUUAAACUUUAGGCGCAUUAUUAUAUCAUCACAAAUUUGAUACAGCAGCUCGAUGCUAUCUUGUUACUGCAACAUUAAGCCGAUGUUGCAAUCGCUACCCAGCCACAGGAAACAAAAAUAACAGUGCAAAGUGGCUUAUCAGAUAAGAACGCCUAGGAGCUACUCUGUUUGCUCUGUUGUUCGAUAAAAAUGGCUGUUUCUGAUUUCACGGAAGGUUGUUUAGCGUUUUAAAUUGAGUUAGAUUUAACACUAAAGAGAACAUCGUCAUUAGCUACCGUUACAAAUAAAUUAUUUUUCAGUUGGAUAUUGCCGAAAAUAUAUAUAAUAUAUAUUGCAAUGAAUCAAUAGCGGUAUGAAAUAUAUAAAAAUCAUCCUAUAUACUCCACGGCCAAUAACUAAGCA